AAACGUUUCGACCUUUCGGCGUCCUCUACGCGUCAUUCACGUUCACGUCGCAAACAAAUUCGUGCACUUUGCGUCGCUCCCUACUCGCAGCCGGCAGGAGAAACAGGCCAUAGACGUACAUAAGUUAGUCAGCAGGCAGCAGGCGACUAGUUGUGUGUGUUUUGUGUACAAACGACACUUUUAAUUGAGGUUUAUCUGCAAAAAAACAGCAAACUACUCAGUCAUGUCUUCGUACUUCAACUACCCCGAUGAAGCGAUGCAGGAUGAACUCCGCCGCAUCGCAAACGCCAUUGUAUGCCCCGGCAAGGGCAUCCUGGCUGCUGAUGAGUCCGUAGGCACUAUGGGCAAACGUCUCCAGGACAUUGGACAAGAAAACACCGAAGAAAACCGCCGUAAAUACCGUCAAUUGUUGUUCACCACCGAUAAAUCCAUUGGCGACUACAUUUCCGGCGUUAUUCUCUUCCAUGAGACAUUGUAUCAGAAGUCUGAUGAUGGUACACCCUUCCCGGAACUUCUCAAGCAACGUGGAAUUAUUCCCGGUAUUAAAGUGGAUACUGGUGUGGUGCCAUUGAUGGGAACUGAUGGUGAAGGCACUACUCAAGGUUUGGACGAUUUGGGCAAACGCUGUGCACAAUACAAAAAAGAUGGCUGCCACUUCGCGAAAUGGCGCUGUGUGCUGAAAAUCCAGAAACACACGCCCACGUACCAAGCCAUCAUGGAAAACGCCAACGUCCUCGCCCGUUACGCGUCCAUCUGUCAAAUGAACGGUAUUGUACCGAUUGUCGAGCCGGAGAUCCUCCCCGACGGCGACCAUGACAUUGUCCGUUGCCAGAAGGUCACAGAGACUGUGCUCUCGUUUGUCUACAAGGCACUCGCUGACCACCAUGUCUUCCUCGAGGGCACACUGUUGAAGCCCAACAUGGUUACUGGAGGCAUGUCGCAUGCGUGCAAAUUUGGGCCGGAGGAUGUCGCACGUGCCACUGUCACCGCUCUGCAGAGGACUGUACCUCCAGCAGUGCCCGGAGUUACUUUCCUGUCGGGCGGACAGAGUGAGGAGGAAGCGUCUGUGAAUUUGAAUGCAAUCAAUCAAUGUGAAGGCAAGAAGCCAUGGGCUUUAUCCUUCAGUUUCGGUCGCGCUCUGCAAGCUUCAGUCCUCAAGGCGUGGGGUGGCAAGGACGACAACGUCUGCGCCGCUCAGGAAGAACUCCUCAAGCGUGCCAAGGCAAACAGCCAAGCAUCUCUGGGCAAAUACCAAGCCGGAACUGUUUCCGGAACCGCCGGCGACUCUGGCAACUUUGUCAAGAACCACACUUACUAAACAACCACACAAAAUAAAACAAAAAACAAGUAAAAUUAACACAAACACAAAAUAUACUAACAAAACAAAUAAAGCGGCAGCCAUUUUGUAACAAUAAAACCUAUAUACUAAUACACUAUUAGUCCCAAUGGCGGCCAUUUUGCGUGUGUACAUGUCAUAAAUAUUCUAAUCGUCAAAACAUAUCUUAUAUUUCUAUAUAAACAAGAAUAAAACUGUUUUAAACUCAAA